AUGAAGUCGCUGCUCUUCAGCCGAUUCCUCCUGCUGCUGCCCUGGGUGCUCAUCGUCAUCAUCGUGCUGGACAUCGACAGCAGCCGGGCGCCGCUGCCCGCCCUCGCCCCCCGCGGCGGCGGUAGCAGCGGGGGGACGCGGCCGGCUGCGGGGCGGGUGCCCCCUCCGCGGCCGCCCGAGGCGGCGCUGCCCACCAUCUAUGCCAUCACGCCCACGUACAGCCGCCCGGUGCAGAAGGCCGAGCUCACCCGCCUGGCCAACACCUUCCGGCAGGUGGCGCGGCUGCACUGGAUCCUGGUGGAGGACGCGGCGGCGCGCAGCGAGCUGGUGAGCCGCUUCGUGGCGGGCGCCGGGCUGCCCUGCACGCACCUCCACGUCCCCACGCCGCGCCGCUACAAGCGGCCGGGGCUGCCCCGCGCCACCGAGCAGCGAAACGCCGGCCUGGCCUGGCUGCGGCAGCGGCACCAGCACUUGCCGCCCGCACAGCCCGGGGUGCUCUUCUUCGCCGACGACGACAACACCUACAGUCUGGAGCUCUUCCAGGAGAUGCGAACGACCCGCAAAGUGUCGGUGUGGCCCGUGGGACUGGUGGGGGGACGGCGGUACGAGCGCCCACUCGUGGAAAACGGCAAAGUCGUCGGCUGGUACACAGGCUGGAGAGCUGACAGGCCCUUCGCUAUCGACAUGGCAGGAUUUGCUGUGAGUCUCCAAGUGAUUCUGUCACACCCGAAAGCCGUAUUCAAACGUCGCGGUUCUCAGCCAGGAAUGCAAGAAUCUGAUUUUCUGAAACAGAUAACCACGGUGGAGGAACUGGAGCCAAAAGCAAACAACUGCACAAAGGUUCUCGUAUGGCACACCCGAACCGAAAAGGUCAAUCUGGCUAACGAGCCAAAAUACCACCUGGACACGGUCAGCAUCGAGGUGUGA